GCUUUGCAGGAAACUCAUUCGCUUUUCCUUAUCCUUUCUUUCGCCAACAUUGCCAUCCCUUUUGCUAAUGUUGCUUUCUGGAUUUUAUUUUCUUGCCAAAUUGGCGCUUGUUCAAUUAUAUCCCGCUUACGUAUGCUACAAAGCCAUAAAGGUCGAUGAUCAACGACAAUUUAGACCAUUGCUCAUGUACUGGGUAGUGGCUACUUCAUUCCUCGUGGUCGAAUAUUUUGCCAACAUGUUCCUGUUCUGGGUCCCUUUUUACACAUUGAUCAAGCUGGUAGUAUUAUUCUAUCUUAUUUUACCGCAAACAAAGGGAACGAUGGUCUUUUAUGUGGAGAUUCUGGAUCCGUUUUUAACCCGACAUGAAGACCGAAUUGACGGGACGCUGAUUGAAAUACAAGCGAAAAUUAAGCGCACAGUGAUCAUGUAUAGUAAACGAGGAUUCAGAGCGCUUCGCAGCAUCUUGUACGAUGUCAUCCUAGGCAAGUCUGAAAACGAGGAAACCAAUGCUGCUACAGUAGCCGAUACAGCACCGUCGGUACAAGCCAAUGCAAACGAUUACCUUAGCACCAUUAAUCCCUACAGUAUAUUUGCGACAUUGAUCUCUAGAAGUGCACAACAACUGCAAUCGCAGUCAACAGCUGAUCCGUCAGCAAGUCCGUCAACUAACGAGCCAGCUGGACUGGUUACUGCAGGAAAACGACGGAUGUCCUCACCCGAAGAUCCGAAGGUCGAGCGUGUUGACAGCUAUGAUUCGUUGGCCUCCUUUGUAACCUCUCGACGUGCUAAAGGUUCCAGCGCUUCGUCAACUCCUACCGCCACAGAUGCAAACGCUGCCACAUGGAGCGGCUAUUUCGCUAGUUGGAUAUGGAAAAAGGAUGAGAAAGAGGAAUAAUAAAGCCAUGCCUAAUGACUGCUUAUUGGAAAGACCUGAUAUUGUAUCAGUGAUGAAACACCAAAACUGGUUCAAAACUCCCCGAGAAUUU